UGGCAGAUGGAAGGUAGUCUGGUAUAAAUGCCGUCCUAGACUUUCAGCAGAGUCUCUCUGAACAGUGACGCUGCUGCUGCGCUCCGAGGGUCCGAGCUGAAGCAGGCAUGGCAGACCAGGCAUUCGUCACGUUGGCCACCAAUGAUAACUACGCUAAAGGAGCCAUGGUGCUGGGCAAGUCUCUGAGGAACCAUAAAACCUCCAAAAAGCUAGUGGUGCUGAUCGGACCCCACGUGUCAGAGCCAUCCAGGGCAGUGCUUGGUAGGAUCUAUGACGAGGUCAGGCUGGUGGAUGUGUUGGACAGUGGGGACACCGCUCACCUGGCCAUGAUGAAGAGACCAGACCUGGGAGUGACCUUCACCAAGCUCAACUGCUGGACCCUCACGCACUACUCCAAAUGUGUGUUCAUGGAUGCAGACACACUGGUGGUAUCGAAUAUUGAUGAGCUGUUUGACAGAGAGGAGUUAUCAGCAGCUCCAGACCCAGGCUGGCCCGACUGCUUCAACUCCGGCGUUUUCGUCUUCCGACCCUCCAACGAAACCUAUGGCAAACUCCUCCAGCACUGCACAGAGCACGGCAGCUUCGACGGAGGGGAUCAGGGAGUCCUCAACAGCUUCUUCAGUGAUUGGGCAACAGCUGAUAUCAGAAAGCACCUUCCCUUCAUCUACAACAUGAGCAGCAUAGCAAUCUACACUUACCUCCCUGCAUUCAAACAGUAUGGAGCAAAUGCCAAGGUGGUGCACUUCCUGGGGAAGACGAAGCCGUGGAGCUACACGUACGACCCUAAGCUGAAGGUGAUGAGGGGGGACGUUCAGGAGGCCGCCACACACCCCGGCUUCCUGCUGGAGUGGUGGACUCUGUACAGCAGCUGCGUGGUGCCCAUGCUGCACCAGGAGUAUGGAGACCAGCCCUUCCACUCUGGCUGUGAGGACCUGCCUCCACAGAGUGAGCACGCCCCUCCUUCUAUCUCCUCCGCGGAGCGUAAGCAGCGCUGGGAGCAGGGCCAGGCAGACUACAUGGGAAUAGACUCUUUCGACAGCAUCGAGAAGAAGCUGGCGGUUUUUCUUAAAUAAGCGAGAGGGUGAAGGGUGACCUCAUGGUUGUACGUUUUGAUAGAGUGAACGUUUUUGAUACGCGUGAGUGUAGAUACGUGGCUGCUCUGCCGCUGUGAGUGGUUUCCUUCAGCUAUGCAAAAACUGGCGUCGCACAGUGUGCCCACACGCGCCUCCACUUUCCUCUCUUACACCUUUUUCUACACUGUGAAACUAUCUAUUAUCAGCCUGCACCUUCCCACCUGACGAAUAAAACGCGCUAUUGCGACAUACGCCACAUGUUGGGCCUUGUUCUGGAAGUAUAAAGGGAGUGAGGGUUUUUUUUUGUACUUUUACAGCAUAUUUCUGCCUUUUGCAGCGCAUGCCAGCUUCUAUUUUUCUACUGAAUGUCCCCUUUGUUUUGCACAGAGGUGGUAAUACUUAGUAGCACUGACUUCCAAGAAGGCAUUCAAUGUGUUUAAAUGCAUGAGGGAGGAGGAGAUCACCACCCCUCUGGCUCCUCUAUUCAUGUGGCGUCCAUAGUUUGAAGAAGUAGAGCUGGGCGAUAAUAUGGGGGGGGGAAUGAUAUUAUAUUGCUAUUUAGAUACUUUCCAUGCAUAGUACAGUGAUUUGUAUUCAGUUUUUGCUGCACAUCUUCCAAAUAAACAGUUCUAAUUACUGUUCACUCUCUGUAAUAAAACAUACUGUUAGCUCAUUAAAGUUCAUUAAAGCACUGAUAUGCUUAUAUUUUCUUAUUGUAUCGACAUUCACUCUUUUUUUUUUUUUAAAUUGCGAUACAAUAAGUAAUCGUCAUACUGCCCAUGUCUAGUCUGACAUGCAAAUUUAAUGAGACACAUGGCCCACAUAAUCCCAUUUCACCCCUUGGCCCUACCACUUAUUCCUACCCCUUUAUUUCGAGUGUAACCCUUCCUCUUGGAACAGAGAUUCUUAUAUAUAAGAAUAUAUUCUUAUAUCUUAUAUAUUCUAUAAGAAUAUAUAAGAUAUAAGAAUUGGGACAACCCUUCAAGCACCUAAAACGUCAUCAGGAGCGCUUCAGUAAAGUUCAGUAACUACUGGAGCUGCUGCUGGAUAAUUAGUUAACUUUAGGGCGUAUUUUAUUGUACGUCUUCAGAAAGGGGGGAGAUGGUGUAAUAAUUAAUUAUUAUUUUCCAUUCCUUAAUUCCUCUGAUAAGGAGCUGAAAAUUAGCUUUAAUUAGCUUUUGCCGUCUGUUGCACCAUUUAAGGUGGAACGGAAAAGUUAGCUAGCUAGUUACUGAGAUAAAACUACCAGCGAUCUUUUUUUUUUUUAUGCUUGUUAUGAAGAAUUUGAUCAUAAAUCAUUGAAACUACACAUUAAACUUUUGUAAAAUAGUGCUAAGCGUCACUUUGUGUUACCAUCUUACCAGUGAUUCUCAUACCCCUUCGUUUAAAGUGUGCAUCUGAAAAAUCUCUGUUUGAAGGGAUAACAAGUCCUAUCCUUUUCCCCUAAUCUACCCCUCCAGCCUAACAAGAAUCAGGACACUGGGGUAAAGCCAAGGGGUGAAAUGGGAUUGGGCCAUAGUGAUGUCUGUUGAAGCAUCUGUUCUAAAACACUGAAACAGUAUAAUCUCUCUCUCUUUCUCUCUUUUUGUUGCCUUUGCUUCUCCAGAUGUUUACACAAGAUCACAGAAAAUGCCUUUUUCUCUCUCUAUGGUUUACUGCGUCUGUGUUAGUGUCUGCAUCCCUCUGUGUUCACACCACAGGAGCCGACCCUCUGUUCUCUCUACCAGCAUAGAGUGGUGUUCCAGUCUUCUUUAUCUGACAGCUGUUGCUGCUGUUUCCUAUGUUUUCACCUGCAAAAUAAAGUUUAGUGGAAUUAUUA